AUGGAUGAGGAGGGCUCGUGGUCGUCCGUCGUUAUGUUCAUACCAAGAGGCGGUAUCAGGGUCUGUUUGGAGGGCGAGUCCUCUGAUCUGGAGACUGGCACUAGCCAGUCAUCGAGUCGUUGUAGGGCCACGGCAGUGGCCAUUUGCAUUACCGCGGAAACAGCGCUUCGCUGGAGGAGCGCAUCCACGUGUCGCUCCAAUUCUCCG